UGCUUCAUGGGACGCAAGUAUGCAUCUCUCUAUUCAUGUCUGCUAAACCCUAAAUCAUGGCAAGCAAACCCCUUUUAUCAGCAGCUUUCAAAAAAUCCAUCUCUAAAACCCUAAAUCCACCAAACCCAGAUCAAAUAACAGCCAAUCUCAUCUCUAAAACCCUAAAGUCUCAAUCUUUCAAUCACACUCAAUUUCCUUUAAGCCCUAAAAUCAUAAAUCUUGUUUUAUCAAACACACAAAACCCACCUGAAUUAUGUUUACAUUUCUUCAAUUCCAUUCAAACCAACAAUAAUUUUACUCUCAUUGACCCAUAUAUAUCACUUUCUUGUCGUCUGUAUAAAUGUAAAGAUUUUGCAUUAGCUAAAGAAAUAUUGAAUCAAUUGGCUAUAAAUAGUAAUAUUGAAUACCCUGUUAAAAAGAUUACAUCUUUUGUUGAUGAGAAUUAUGGAAAUGGGUUUCUUGGAUAUGGUAAAGUUGUUUAUGGGAAGUUGUUUGAUACUCUGUUUCGUGUUUACGCCGAAAACAAGAGGUUUGAUGAGAGUUUGGAAGUGUUUGAGUAUAUGAAAAAUAAUGGGUUUUGUAAGAUUGAUGAUAGGUCUUGUAUGGUGUUUUUACUUGCAGCUAAAAGAUGUGAAAAGUUUGAGCUUUUAUCGGAUUUCUUUCGUAAUAUGGUUGAUUCGGGAGUUAGGAUAACGGUUUAUUCGUUGACUAUGGCGGUUUCUGCAUUGUGUAAGGUUGGGGAGAAUAGUAAAGCUAGGGAAUUGAUUGAUGAAAUGAGUAGUAUAGGGGUUAAACCGAAUGCAAAUACUUAUAAUAGUUUGAUUGAUUCUUAUCUAAUGAAAUCGGAGUUUGGGGAAGUAGAGAUGACUUUUGAUUUGAUGAAGAGGGAGGGAGUUUGUUUUACGGUAGCAACUUAUACGCUUUUAAUUGAGUUUUAUUCGUUGUUGGGUAAGGUUGAGGAAGCAGAGAGAGCGUUCCGUGAAAUGCUUGAGAAAGAUAUAGUGGCUGAUGUUUAUGUGUAUACUUCGUUAAUUAGUUGUAAUAUUAAGGUAGGAAAGAUGAAAAGGGCAUUCGAGUUGUUUGACGAGUUGACUGAUAGAGGGCUUGUCCCAAGUGUUCAUACUUAUGGAGUGUUGAUUAACGGUGUAUGCAAAGCAGGGGAGAUGAAAGCUGCAGAAGUUUUGUUGCUUGAAAUGCAAAGUAAAGACGUUGAUGUGAAUGAUUAUAUAGUGAACACGUUGAUGGACGGUUAUUGUAGAAAAGGAAAUGUUGAUGACGCUAUUAAGUUGCAGAGUUUGAUGGAGACGAAAGGUUUUGAGCCUAGUGUCAUUUCGUAUAAUAUUAUUGCUAGUGGUUUGAGUAAAGCGAACCGACUUGAGGAAGCUAAGACUUUGUUGUUUACAAUGGUAGAGAAAGGUGUGGCUUUAAAUAGGCUUACUUAUACUACAUUGAUUGAUAUAUUUUGUAAGCAAGGGGAAUUUGUAGAAGCUAGACGGGCUUUUAGAGAGAUGGAGAGCAAGGGAGUGAAACCGAAUGUUGUGACAUACAACGCUUUUAUUGACGGCUAUUGCAAAAAAGGGUUGUUGAAAGAAGCUUACAGGAUAAAAAAGGAAAUGGAAGGGAAAGGGGUGAUGCCUGAUGUUUACACAUUCACUUGUUUAAUACAUGGGGAAUGUAUUGCUGGUAGACUAGAUGAUGCGAUGAAGCUGUUCAAUGAGAUUCCUCAAAGAGGUUUUGUCCGAAAUGUGAUAACUUAUACUGCUAUGAUUUUUGGCUUGUCAAAAGAAGGAAGGUCAGAAGAGGCAUUUAAGUUGUAUGAUGAGAUGAAAAGUGCAGGUAUUAAACCUGAUGAUACCAUGUAUGCUUCCCUUGCCGAGAGUCUUCAUAGCGUUACAGCUUAAAAAUACCAAAAGAAGCACAUAUAUUGUAAGGUCGUUUGUCUUUAAUCCUUAAUAUAAAUAUUCCCAUAUUUGUUUGAUGAAUAAUUCCUAUAAAUUCUUGACAAGAAAUCUGGUGUUAGGUAUUC